AUGUCCCUCCCCGUCAAAUGUUGCUGUGUUUACGAAGAGCAGAGCCGAGGUCGCCCAGUCGUACAUUCUUCUCUGUGCCCCGUACACUCUGAGACUUCCAUUUCCUCUGUGGGAUGCCGUUAUUGUUACUCCCCUCUCCGAGAUACAGGAGCUUGCGCCGUCCCCAUCAACCUCUGCAAAGCGGAAUCCGACGAUCGUUCCGUAACUCCCGUUGGUGACGCCUUGGGGUGUCGAUAUGUUGGAAUACAGCAAGACUAUCAUGCCGAGAGUGAAGAACACUACAGACUCGAGACCGUCAUGUACCGACGGCGACGCGUUCCGCAGGCUAUCCUCUUGGUCCGGCGACGGUCCCGGGCGAACUCGACGGCUAUGGGGACGGCGGGGCACACCGCCUUCGCGGCCGGUCAGCGUACAGGUCUCAAGGAUCAUGAUGACUUCGACGCCACCGUCAAGCAUACAGCGCAGGUGGUCGAAGGAAUCAUGGGUCCUGGCGCUAGGAUCUACCCUACUAUCGCCGCGCAGUCAUCCCUCAUCCUCGUCGCCUCUUCCUGUGACACCCACAAUGCCAAAAAUUCUUACUGGUUCCCGCAUAUCUACGAUGCUCGCCAAGGCCUCGAUAACGCCUUCGCCAUGUCUGACGUGUCGAUCUUCAUCAAGGUUUGGAAGCCGACCGGUACAAGCAAGUCGGUUCCGUUCUGGCAGGGUUACUCCCCUUUGGCAAAUCCCAAAGCCAACGUUACGGGGUGGUCUCAAUCGUAUGAGCUGAAGGCGAUCUACGUCUUAGGACACAGCGCAGGCGGUGUUCCCCGGGUCAAAGCCAGUCCCAAGAAGCCCAAGGGCCUCGGCAAGGCUCGGUGCUAG